CUCCCUCUCUCGUCUCACACACUCCUCAAAGCGUCUAACACACUGGAAAAUCAAAGCGCUCGCCUCUCCUGCUCACACACCGCCUGCGCUGCGCGCAAAGCGCACAACCCAAGAGAGAGUCAAGUUUGCUGCGAGUACCAUUCUCUUUUAAAAAUCUACCCAUGCACUUUUUGAACAUAUAAUUUUUUUGAUCUGCAAAAUAAUGCAGGUGCUGGUUGUGUACAGAAAUAGUUUUUUAAGAUCUGUUUUAAUCUUUCACCUCUCAGCAUGACUCUUCUCCGUGAAGACAGCUGAGAAUAUCUGACUUUAGGAAAAUGGACCGGAGGCUUCCGAGGAGGCGAUGGACGUUGGCAGGGCAAAUUGUGUGUCUGCUUCUGUGUGCGUGCGCGCUGGACCGGGUUUUAGCGCAGAUUCGCUAUUCAAUUCCCGAGGAGUUGGAGCACGGGGCUUUCGUGGGGAAUAUUGCUGAGGACUUGGGCUUGGACGUGGCUAAACUGUCUUCACGGAGAUUCCGGAUUGUGUCCGGAGCAAGAAAACAAUAUUUAGAGGUGAAUCUGGAGAACGGGAUUUUGUUUGUGAAUGAGAAGAUUGACCGUGAGGAGCUCUGUGAACAAAGUCCCGUUUGUUUCCUGCACUUGCAGGUGGUCAUUGAGAACCCGCUGGAACUGUACCGGGUAGAAGUUGAGAUUUUGGAUGUGAAUGACAACGCGCCCAGUUUCCCGUGGAGCGAGUUUAAUUUGGAGAUCACGGAGUCUGCUGCGCCUGGCUCCAGGUUCCCGCUCGAGAGCGCACAGGAUCUUGACGUGGGCUCCAACUCUCUUCGCUCGUACUUGCUGAGCGCGAAUCAACACUUUGUGCUGGACAUUCAGACGCGGAACGAUGGAAGCAAGUUCGCAGAACUCGUUCUCCAGUCUCAGCUGGACCGAGAGCAGCAAAAGAUGCACGAGAUGGUGCUCACUGCUGUGGACGGAGGCUCUCCGUUGCGCUCGGGCACGGCUCAGAUCACGGUAACUGUAUUGGACGCGAAUGACAACGUCCCUGUGUUUGAUCGCUCUGUCUACCGCGUCAGUUUGGUGGAGAACGCGCCGAGAGGCACGCUCGUGCUUAAACUGAACGCCACGGACCUGGACGAAGGCGCAAACGGCGAGAUCACUUAUUCGUUUAGCGGGCACGCGCCUCUGAAGGUGCGGGAGCUGUUCAGCGUGGACUCGCACUCGGGGGAGAUACGGGUGAAGGGAAUAGUGGACUACGAAAGGGCCAGCGUUUACGAGCUCUACGUGCAGGCGAAAGACAAGGGACCCUCCGCCGUGGCCGUGCAUUGUAAAGUGCUGGUCGAUAUUCUGGACGUGAACGACAAUGCGCCCGAGGUCAUAUUAACCUCCGUGUCAACACCUGUUCAGGAGGACGCGCCCCCGGGCACGGUGAUUGCCGUGAUCAGCGUAAUGGACCGCGACUCGGGAGAGAACGGGGCUGUUGAUUGUCAGAUUCCCGGAAACGUGCCCUUCCAGCUGCACUCCUCUUUUAAAAACUAUUAUACACUAGUGACCAGCGAGUUUCUCGACAGAGAAUCUGUCUCGGAGUACAACAUCACUCUCACAGCGCGAGAUCUGGGCUCGCCCCCGCUGUCCACCAGGAAGACCAUUCUGGUUCAAGUGUCUGACAUUAACGACAACCCGCCGCGCUUCAUUCAGCCCUCGUACACAGUGUAUGUGACCGAGAAUAACGCCCCGGGCGCUUCAAUUUGCUCGGUGACCGCAUUUGAUCCGGACUCUAAUCAGAACGCGUAUUUGUCCUACUCUAUCCUGGAGGGUCAGAUUCAGGGCAUGCCCGUGUCCACUUAUGUCUCCAUCAACUCCGAUAACGGCAACAUUUACGCGCUGCGCUCUUUCGAUUACGAGCAGCUUCGGAACUUUCAGAUCCGCGUGCAGGCGCAGGACGCCGGUUUCCCGCCGCUCAGCAGCAACGUGACCGUCAAUGUAUUUGUUUUGGAUCAGAACGACAACGCUCCGGUCAUCCUGUCGCCGCUGCCGAGAAACGGCUCCGUGGCUACCGAGAUGGUGCCCAGAUCUGUGGACUCUGGGUAUCUUGUUGCUAAAAUCACGGCUCUAGAUGCAGACGCGGGACAAAACUCUCGCCUGUCUUAUCAAGUGCUGCAGGCGACAGAUCCCGGGCUGUUCAGCGUGGCUUUGUACACCGGGGAGAUCAGGACGAUCCGCCGCUUCGUGGACAAAGAUGCCAUUAGGCAAAGACUCGUCAUCCUCGUCAAGGACAACGGACAGCCGCCGCUCUCGGCCACCGUGUCCAUCAUUCUCUCGGUGGUGGACAGCGUGCCGGAGUCGCUGUCUGAUUUCGGUGACCUCUCGCUCAGCCCUCAGCCCCCAUCUAACCUCGCGCUCUAUUUAAUCGUGUCACUGAGCACCGUCUCGCUCAUCUUCCUCGUGGCCAUCAUCGUUUUGGCGGCUGUGAAAUGCUACAAAGACCGAGACUCCCUCGGCGGCUACGCGCUCUCCUCUCUCAGCACCGCGUGCUGCAGCUUUGAACCGGAGCCGCCCGCUGAGGUGUUCAAAAAGUCUAAUCUCAACCUGCAGAUCUCCACCGGCGCCAAAGUGCCCACGAACUGCAUGGAGGUAAACAGCAAUGCUGGAAAUCUCUCUCAAGCUUACUGCUACAAAGUGUGUUUGACGCCCGAAUCAGCAAAGAGCGACUUUAUGUUUCUCAAGCCUUGCAGUCCCGGUACACCGAGGAAUAACGCGGCGAGAGGAGCGGAUAACCUGGCGCUGAGCUCACAGAGCCGCUGCUCAUCAGUGAACAACGGAGCCACCACACCAAACGAGCUGAAACAAGCAAACACCGACUGGGCCCUGACCAAAAAUCAAACAUCAUCUGUGAAAAGUUGUAACUCCAUAAAUAUGGACGGCACUCUGGUGCGUAAAGCCAUGCAGGCUGAACCAGAGCAUUAUAUGGGUCAGAUGGCUGCAGGACAGUACUGGACCUGGGGAACACGCUCCAAAGAGUACCGGAAUCAGUCUCCAGCAGGUGGCGUUUCUCAGAGAGCCUGGACGCCUCACUAUACUCCUCAACACAACCCCACCCAAAACCAACACCACCUCCAACAGCAGCAGCAGCAGCAGGCCACAGCGCAGAGCCACCCAAACCCUCCACCCGACUACCAGCACAACGUCUACAUCCCCGGCACCCCGUCCGGCUUCUGCACCCUGAGGCCCAGCCACCGCAGCGAGCUCCACGUCCACAACUCCUUCUCCACCUUCGGGAAAAAGCGUAGGUUCAUCUCUCCUAGCAGCUUCGACCCGCGGGACGACACGGGGGCCGAGGUCAUCAACAAUGACUUGUAUAAUGAAUAAAAUCAGAUGACAACAAGAAGAGUGACUAUAAUUAUGAUUAGUACCAAAGCAUAGCACUCAUCGUCAUGUACACACUGUAAAAUAGAUCGGUUUAUGAACAGUUUCAGUGUUUAUUUACGCUUGUGAAUUGCAUUAGGGGAUGUUGAUCUCUGCUCUGUCGACUUUUGAUGUUGAAAAUUCAACUCCACAGAUUAACAAAGUGACUUUUAUUGACAUUUUAGUAGUUUAAGAAAUAAUUAAUAGAGAAAUAGGUUUGUAAAACAGGGCUAUUCAAUCGGCGGGCCAAACUUGGCCCCUGAGGCAAUUUGUUCAAGCUCGCCAAAUAGUGUGAAAUUGAAAAAUUGUUAUGAAGUUAAGUGCGUCUGUGUAAUACAGCAUGAGCUGCGUGAGUCACGUAACAUUAAACGAGUGGUGCGAGCAGCCGAACACAUCUGUACAAUGCACUGAUAUCAUUAUUAGGAAUGUAACGAUUAGCCGAUUUCACUAUUAACUACUCUUUAAAUUGUCACGAUUAAUUAAUCGUAAAG